AUGAUCCUGUGCCGUUUUGCCGACCAAACCGCGGUGCAGCUGCCUCCAGACAGACGCCUCAUAGGCAAACAGUGCAUGGGGCUGGUGGACUUGGAUCGGUCAUGGGCAGCAGAGGCUCAUGGGUACUCUGUGAGGGUUAUGACUAUGCAGCCGGAGAGCUGCACGCCAAAGAACAACAUGCUGGUGGGGAGACCGGGCCAAGCUGCUGAACAACGUGUAUAA